GAUUAGUGUCGAUAAAAUUCGUUGUUUAACUCGCAUGUCAUUGUAUUUGUAUUAUUAAUAUUAUUAUUAUUAUUGUCAUAUUCAAAGCGUUACCUACUCAUUGUCAUGUAAAUAAAAUGUUUUAAAUCUAUUGUAUGCGUAUAUAUUAUACGUGUUUUUCUCGUCGUGUAAAUUGUGUUAAUUAUAAAACAUAUAAUAUUAAUACAGAACUAUGGUUCUGGGCGUUUUCGAUUAUGUUGUGCUUACGGUCACGUUGCUCGCUUCCGCCGCCAUUGGAGUGUAUUACCGACUCACUGGUGGAAAACAGCAAACGACACGGGAAUACAUGUUUGGAGACAAGAAAUUGUCCAUUAUACCUGUGGGGUUUUCGUUAAUGGCCAGUUUCUUGUGUGCUACAGCCAUGUUCGGGCUAAGCGCCGAAAACUACUUGAGAGGAACACAAUUUAUGGUCAUUAACGUAUCAAACAUUAUCGGCACACCUAUCGUUGCCUAUGUUUUCCUACCAGUAUUCUAUAAACUCGGAUAUUUAUCAGUCUACCAGUAUUUGGAAGAGCGAUUCGGCAAGUCAACCAGAAUCUUUGCGUCUGUGGCGUUUAGCAUCCAGACGGUGCUGCGAACUGCACUGGUACUGUACGCGGCCUCGCUGGCUCUGAACGCGAUUGCUGGAUUUUCGCAGACUGCAUCCAUGGCGGUCGUUGGCAUUUUGUGCACGUUUUACUCGACUGUUGGCGGCAUCAAAGCCGUAAUCGUCGGCGAUUUGUUUCAGUCCUUGCUUAUGUUUGGGUCCAUUUUCACGGUUAUUGCGGUAGCAGCGGCUAAUGUGGGCGGACUGUCAGGAAUCUGGAGGAUUGCUAACGAUUACGGUCGCGUUGAACUGUUCAACUUUCAGAUCGACCCUACAGUCAGGCACAGCUGGUGGUCACUGAUGAUAGGUGGAAUAUUCACGUACGUGUCGGUAUACGGUGUCAAUCAAGUGCAGGUGCAACGUUACCUAACCAUGAAGGACUAUGGUACCGUGGUCAGGACCCUGUGGUUCUCUUGGCCAAUAACCGCGUUCCUGUCACUGUCCAUGUGCUUCGCGGGCCUGGCCAUAUUCUCCAAGUACCGGGACUGUGACCCGAUCAAGGAGGGUAGAAUAACUAGCGGCGAUCAGCUGAUGGCUCUGUUCGUGAUGGACACAAUGACCGACAUACCUGGAUUAACCGGCCUAUUUUUGGCGGGUGUAUGCUCAUCGGCGCUGUGCUCCGUGUCCGCAGCCCUAAAUUCUCUGGCAGCCGUCACACUCGAGGACUACGUCACACCAAUGAUGAACGUCGAUAUACCAGAUGAGAAACGCGUCCUGUGGCUCAAAGUCCUAGUUAUCGUCUACGGGAUUCUAUCGAUACUGUUAGCGUUUUAUGCGCAUUUUCUGGGACCGCUGCUGCAGAUAUCGAUGACAAUUUUGGGAAUUAUUGGAGGACCUAUGUUGGCGGUGUUCACUCUCGGUAUACUCGUACCGUACACAAACCAAAAGGGUGCUUUAAUGGGUUUGGUCACAGGCCUCGUGUUUUCAUUUGUCUUGGGACUAGGAGGACCCAAACCACCGGUCCACAAUUUGCCCACUUACACCAACGGGUGUACACCAACCUCGUUUUAUGAUUUCGACCUAAACGCUUCGUCUACUGCCCCUUUAAUAUCAACAUCGACGACCACACUAGAGAUUCAUGAAGAAAAUUACAUGUAUUUGUAUAAGAUAAGUUACAUGUAUUAUAUCGUCAUUGGUUUCGCAACUACCAUAUUAGUGACUUUGGUGGCAAGCUUGUUCUUCGAAUCAAAUGUAAAUACUCUUGAUCCGAAACUAUUUUUCUCGGCUAAUCCAAAGGGUGUAGAAACACAAGUUGAAACRAGACAAAAAAGACCUUCAACAGUUUCAAAAACCGUCACUUUUUCCAUUAAUUCGUAAAAAAAUCAUUGUUUAUUAUUAUUAUUAAUAUUAAUAAUAUAUUUAUGAUACCAUAUGAUAAGUAUUUU